AUGCCGGCAGCAUCAACAGCCAACGGUACCAACGGCACAAAUGGCACACAAUCGUCGCCGUCCAAAUCAAUACCGGUGACAAGUGUCCUCGCGUCGUUCGUCGCCCACGCCGACCCAUCCUAUCUCACCGGCCACGUCCGCGACAGACUGAAAGAAUACAUCCUCGACUUCAUCGGCGUGACCAUUGCCGCGGGCCAGACGUCCGACUCGACGCCCUCCUUUCUGCAAGCCGUGACCACGCUCGGGGGGCGCACGGGAUCCUCGACGGUACUGGGCCAAGGCAAGCACUUCACACCGCAAUACGCGGGGCUCCUCAACGCCGCGCUGGGCCACAGCCUCGACUUCGACGACACCUACGCCAAGGGCACUCUGCACGCGGGUGUGACGGCCAUCGCGGCGGGGCUCGCGCAAUCCGAGCUCCUCGGGUCCGCGUCGAGCAUCGACGACUUCCUCGUCGCCGUGGCCGUCGGCUACGAAAUCACCUGCCGGCUGGGUAAAGAGCUCGGCAACGACGCGUACGCACGCGGGUUCCACAACACCUCGACGGCGGGCAUCUUCGGCGCCGUCGCGACCAUCUCUGUCCUCAAGCACCUGCCCGUGCAGACGGUCCUCGACGCGUUCGGCAUCGCAGGAUCCAAAGCUGCGGGAUCAAUGCAAUACCUCGCCAACGGAAGCUGGAACAAACGUCUGCACCCGGGGUUCGCGGUGCACGACGCCUUCGUGGCGGUGGCGCUCGCCGAGGCCGGCGUGCUCGGAGCCGCCGACAUCUUCGAAGGCACCUUUGGCUUCCUGCACGCCUACUCGCCCAAACCGGACAAGGACCUCGAGUACCUCACGUCCGAGCUCGGGACGAGGUGGGAGUUUCUCGAGACGUCCCUCAAGCCGUUCCCGGCGUGUCGCAUGACGCACGGAUUCAUCGAGCACGCGGCCCGUCUGGGGCGGGAAAAGGGCCACACGAAGGCGUCGGACUACAAGAGCGUCACACUGGCCCUGAGCCCCGCGAACGUCAGCGUCGUCGGCGCCCCGAUCCCCAACAAGGUCCAUCCGGGGAACAUGGUCGACGCGCAGUUUUCGGCCUACUUUACAACCGCGCACAGCUUUCUGUACGGCUCAACUGCGGGUGUGGGCGCGUACGAGCGACAGAGACUCCAAGACAGCGAGAUACGCGCCUUGUCGGAUAAAAUCACCUGCGUCGGCGAUGAGAGCAUCAAGGAGUUCGGUUCGAGGAUCGAAGUCGAGUAUGCCGAUGGAAAGAGAGCCGUGGUGGAUAUCCCUUAUCCGCUUGGCGAGGUGCAACAUCCCUUUACGCGCGAUCAGGUAGACGAGAAGUUUUUCAGCCUCGUGAACCCCGUAUUGGGGGAGAAGAGAGCGUUGCAGAUUAGGGACGCCGUGAACGAGAUUGAGAAGCAUACUGUAGAGGAGAUCCUGGGCAUGUUGUACUAA